CGGACUGUUCCUUACCCACGAUGCACCGCAGUGCUCCCCAAAGUUCAACAUGGCGGCGAGGGUACCAGUGGCUUCGGGCAGGCUUCUGGAGAGUGUACGCAAAUGGUACUACGGCUUGAGUGGCUUCAACAAGCUUGGUUUGAUGCGAGACGACACGAUGCACGAGGACAACGAUGUAAAGGAGGCCCUGCAGAGGCUCCCGGAGAACGUCUACAAUGACCGCAUGUUCCGCAUCAAGCGAGCUCUGGAUCUGUCUAUGAAGCAUCAGAUCCUCCCCAAGGACCAGUGGACAAAAUAUGACGAGGAUGAGCCCUACCUGAUGCCGUACCUGGAUGAGGUCAUCCGCGAAAGAAAAGAAAGAGAAGAAUGGAUGAAGAAAUGAGUGAAAGCAAGAGAGGAUUAACCGGCCCCGCUGGUUAAUCCUUGCGCGAAUAUCCUUGGUGUUGUAUUUAAAAUAAAAUCAAAGCCUAUAGAGUUAUUAAAGUGUCCAUUUUGAAAAAA